ACAGCUACAGAAAACAUGGCGGCGAAUGUUCAGAGCAAUAUUCCAGAAUAUGAAGUUUGUGAUGUUAACACUAAAGCUUUUCAUAUCGACUCAUUUAGAAACGAGUGGCUGAGCAGGCUGAAGCCGAGUGAAUAUUCCUUUGUAAAGGAGGACGAGGACACGUUUCACGCUAAUUUUAUGGACGAAAUGGGCAUAGACGUAGAAACCAUGAUCGAACUCAAGUCCAUCUGCAGUAUUGAUUCACUUCGUUGCCAUCCUGUGGAUCAGCAACCUGAUAUUGAAGUUGUACCUCCAGACUCGACGCUAAAAACACUAAAACAGAGGAAGAAAAGACAAGAACAAAAAGCUAAACUGAAGCUAACCAACACUAACCGACAUGAACGCUAUGCUGAUGAAAUGGAGCGGUUAUCUGUUGACAGAAAACCAGAAUCAUCUGCCAACAUGAUCCCUGAAGGAGAAGUCAUUCUAACUAUCAACGUCUACUACCCUGCUACUUUUGAGAGGUUUACGUACACCCGACCCCACAUGACACUGCUGCUGAUGGGUUCCCACACUUUGGCGGAGCUGAGGGAUUCCAUCUGCUGUGUCAGCGACUUGCAAGUGUGCGGAGAGUUUAGCAGCACGCCAGACAUUGCUCCAGAGUAUAUCUGCAAAGAUCAUUUCAAGUCAGCAUUCUUUUACUUUGAAGGAGUUUUCUAUAAUGACAUGCGGUUCCCAGAGUGCCAGGACAUCAGCAUGACCAUAAUUGAAUGGGCAAAGAGUCGUAACUUCCCACUCUACCACCAGGUAAAGAUGGAAGACACACAGUUGGUGGAUCUAAAUGUCAGAGUGGGUUUUCCGUACCUCUACUGCCAUCAAGGAGACUGUGAACAUCUCAUCAUCAUCACAGAUGUCAGACUGGCUCAUAAGAACGACUGUCUGGAUAAGAAGCUGUACCCGCUGCUCAUCCACAAACACAGAGUCACCACUCAGAAGUGUGCCGUCUGUCACCUCUUCAUUGGCAGAUGGCUGACGACCAACGACCAGUUUGCUCCCAGUAACCCCUGUCUGUUCUGUGAUAAGUGCUUCCGGAUGCUGCAUUAUGAUGCUGAGGGUAACAAGCUGGGAGACUUCCAGGCCUAUCCCUAUGUGGACCGAGGUGCUUUCAACUAAAUACUUAAUGCUGUAUCAUAGUUUAGUUUUUAAAUGAAAUGUUGGCAUUUGUAAAAUAUUUUCUUCAAGAGCUGUUUUCUUUAUUUUGAGAAUUUCGCUUUAACUUUAAAAGAGAUUUUGAAAUAAAGUUGUACUUGCAACUA